AGACCGUAUACAUUCCUAGGCUCGAAUCUGUCUUCGAUCCCGCCAUGACCACUGCCACGCGUCGCUCGCUGACCGACGUCCCGGACAUCCUCUAUAAUGUAUUUUCCCACUUCGACGUGCACGCCGUCUGGUACGACGAUAACAGAUCUGCCGCACUCUACGAUUCUCGUCGAUCCCUGGCGAUGGCCGCGAGGACUUGUCGGGCCUUCACUAAUCCAGCUCUGAAGAUGCUUUGGAGCAGCCUUCCUGAUGACCAGCCUCUUGCCGAUCUCCUUUGUACUCUUGGGAUCGCGACGAGAGAACGAGACUUGGACUCUCAGUCACGCCAUGACGAUGACAAGCCCCAACGAUAUCUGCUGCCCACAGACGAUGUUGGAGGAUACCCGGAUUUCGAUGCUAUAGACUCAUAUGAGCGCCGUUGGAAACGGGCAAGAAGAUAUGAUGUCGAUUAUUCCAUCUCCACCCCUGGUGACCCCCGAACACACGUCCACUGGGCUCGCUUCGUUCAGUAUGCAUCCCGCGUUCGUGCCGUUGCGCUCUUCAUCUUUGACGGUCCCAAAUGGUCAAGGCUCUGGGAUGAGUUACAGCAUGCAACAGGCGGUAUCACGAUUCUGCCGAUGCUCGAUACUGUCACAUUCUGCGAGAUCGGACCCAGGCGAGCUCUGACACCCGGAAUCUUUGCUCUCAUUCCCCCUUCUGUUGGCAAACUCCGCCUUCCGUUGCCCCCUUCACGCCUUGAUCCAUCCAUGAUACGGACAUACUUCCCCCAGAUUCGCCACAUGGACGUGCAGCCCGAGUGUGGCGUUGAAGACCUCCGGAUGCUGGCUGGGUUUCCUACAUUGCGGUGCCUCUCCAUCUCGGUAUCCUUUGCCGUUCCUUCUCCGAACCUCACCCUUCCAGUUUUGGGGACACUGGUGAUGGAAGGUUCGUGGCCGAACCUUACUACGCUGCUCAACAGCGCGCAUCUUCCGUCGCUACACACGCUCUCGGUAACAGGUUGGGAAGGUGAAGAUAACGCUUCCAAGCUCGCCAUGGAUGCCAUACAGUGUUUCCACGCCAUCUCCCGCUACAAGUCCAUCACCUAUCUGUCGAUAUACACAAUACAUACCCCUCAGUACCAAGACGGCUGCGUCGAGCCUGAUAUUCCGGAGGUGGAGGGUACCUUCGAUGGAACUCUUCUGGACACUAUGCGCCCUUUGCUUUCCCUCCGUUCCCUCCGAUAUCUCACGACCAGGCUCCCAGACUACCUGGUGGGGACCGAAUCCGACCUCUCCUUGAUGGCAGAUGCGUGGCCUGACCUCGUCGAGCUCCACCUUGUCAUCUGGGUAUAUCAAGGUUGGAGCAGAGCCUAUACUCCGCGCCCAGAACGUCCGUACGGCGGUCGGCUGGAGGGCAUCGCGCAUUUCGCCGGCAAGUGCCCCCGGCUCCGUGUUCUACAUCUCCCUGCGAUGGAGAUAGCGGAGGAGUCUCUUGGAGCUGUCGAGUUCCCCAGCGAGACUCAUGACCUACAAACGCUCGUCAUCGAGAAGGUGCUGUUCCCCUAUGGAAGGGCGGACCUGGCGGGGCAGAUGUCGGAACUCGUCCGACGUGUGUUUCCUCGGGUCGCGUCCGCAUUUGAACAAGAUCAGAUCAGGUUCGGAAAGGAGGAGUUCUAUUUUUCCGACGAUGACUCCGACCCUGGAGAGGAGGAGGAGGAGGAGGGACAGGAGACUUGGGGCUUCGUGAAAGGUGCUUCUGGUCGAUGUGAUGAUUGUACUAAGCAUAUGCGGCUUAGGUGGAGAGUCGCCUGGUGACGUAUGAUCGAUAUAUGCCGUCUAGAGAAGCAGGCCCUUAGACAUAAAGAAAUGCGUUACGUCGUUGACCUUCUCAU